AUGAGAGAAAAAUCUGAAAGGAUAGUUAAAUAUCAUAAAAAAUAUACUAGUCAGAAGUACAAAGAAAGUAGUGAUGAAAAGGAUAGUAAAGAUGAAGAAGAAAAAAAAAAAUAUAACAAUUAUUUAAGCAAAGAGAUCACUAAAAAAAGCUAUGAAUCAUUAGAUGAAAAAAAUUAUUUACAUAAUAAUAGAAAUAAUAUAAAAAUAAAAUACAAGGAAAAUAGCAAAAAAGAAAUAAACUCUAAAAGAGAUGAUAUAACUAAUUCACUAAAUAGAAAAAAUUAUAAUUAUGAUAAAUAUGUUGAUGAGAAGUAUUUACAGAAACAAAAAUAUGUACCUAAUGAAAAGAAUAUUAAAAAAGAAAAAGUUAAAGAUAAUAUUAUUAAAAUAUCAUUUGAUAACCUUAAAAAAAAAGAUAACGAUGUAUUUAAUGAGUUAAAAUACGAUAAAAAUGAAGACAGUUACAUAAAAAAAAAAAAAAGAAAAUUGUUACCAAGUUUUAGAAAAGAAAAGGAUAUGAGCAAUGAAAAAUUAAAGAAAAAAAAAGAUUUAAAAAGAAGGAAAAAGAAUGACUAUAGUAAACCUAGUAAAAAUAAAUCUUUAUCCAUAAGCUCUUCAGAUAAAAAAAGCUCCCCAAGUAGCUAUACUUCAAAUGAAAGUAAUUCUAGUAAUUCAUCAAAGGAAAAUAGUAAGAGUAGUAAUUCAUCAAAUGAAAAUAGUAGCUGUAGUAUUUCAUCAAAUGAAAAUAAUUCUAGUAAUUCAUCGAAUGAAAAUAGCAGCAGUUCCAUAACUGAAAGUAAUUCAAGUAAUUGUUCUUCAUGCGAAAGUAGUAAUUUAUCAGAUGAUGAAAAUAUAAGUAGUUGCUCAUCAAAAGGAAAUAAAUUAACAAAAAAAAAGAAUUCUAAAAUUAAAAAAAAAAAGAAGAAAAAAAAAGAUAUUACAGGCAAAUUAGAAAAAAAGGAAGUUUAUGAUGCUCAUAUUUAUAAUAGUAAAGAAAUGAUAAGACUAACUAUAAAUAUUUUGCAAAACUAUAAUUUUUUAAAUAAUUUUAAAAUUUUAUACCAAAAAUUAGAUAAAAAAAAAAAGGUUUCUCUUGAAAAUGUGAAAGAUUUAAAAUUAAAGAAAAAAUUAAGACAUUUAUUUAGAGCAUGGAACUUAGAAAAAAAAGAAGAAUUUUAUAGAAAACCAUCAAAUUUUAGAGAAAGUAUAUUUGAUAUUUUUAAUAAUUUAUUUUAUUAUUUUUUAUCUAAAAUUGAUAUACAAAAGUUGAGACAAAAUAUUAAUAAAAGGAAGAAUAAUUUAAUAAAAAAAGAAGAUAAGGAAAACCUCAACAUACUAAAUUAUAAUGAUAAGUUAUUAUAUUAUUCCUCAAAAAAUGAAAAUAUUAAUAUUAAAAAUCAAAAUGUGAACGAUUUACAGGAAGAUUAUCUCUAUUUAAUGCAAAAUGAAAAUAAUAAAAUUAAAAGCUUACGAGAAAUGCAUGAAGAAGGUUAUUUUAAAAAUAGUCAACACAAAUAUAAGGAAUUUUUAGAUAAACAUAAAAAAAUUGAUUUAUGGGGUAAAAAUGAACAAGAGCAAAAAUUUCUAUUGAAUUCUAAAAAUACAAUUAAUGAAAGAAAAAUAUUUGAUAGAGAAACAGAUUUAUGUAUAAAUAAAUUUGUAAAAAAAGAGGAUUAUAAAAAGUUAAUAAAAAAUACGGAAGAACACGUAAAUGAUAAAUUUCAUAAAACAGGUAGCAAAAUAUAG